GCGGUCCGAGUCACUAAACCCAAUAUUCCAGAGAGCAUACGCAGGAACUACGAGCUCAUGGAGAGCGAGAAGACGAAGCUGCUGAUCUCUCAGCAGACUCAGAAGGUUGUGGAGAAGGAGGCAGAGACGGAAAGGAUCAAAGCUGUGAUAGAGGCUGAGAAAGUGGCACAAGUGGCAGAGAUCAAGUUCGGACAGAAAGUCAUGGAGAAGGAAACAGAAAAAAAGAUCUCUCAAAUCGAAGACAGUGCUUUCCUGGCACGCCAGAAAGCCAAGGCAGACGCAGAGUUCUAUUCAGCACAGAGAGCUGCUGAGGCCAAUAAGUUGAAGUUAACACCAGAGUACCUGCAGCUAAUGAAGUACAAGGCCAUCGCAGCCAACAGCAAAAUCUACUUUGGGAACGACAUACCCCAGAUGUUUGUGGACUCUGGCUCUGCAGGGAGCUCUAUCAAGGCCUCUGCAGCCAUGGACAUUGUUGGUGAGCAGAUCCUGGACCUGGAUUAGCUAGGAAAGUAGUGAGACCCACAGGACCAUCCAGGGGUGGAGGACUACCUGCUGGAGAGCAUGAGCCUGGCUCACAGGCUGGCUGGCAGGUUCUCCCUCUGGACCAGAGAAGCUGACUAUGGCCCGUAAUUCUCAAGCAUUUCAGAAUCACUGCUAGAAAUCACAUUAAUUUUUAGGAUGUAAAAUUCUCCUACCUCACAGCAGAGGACUUGAUAUAUUUAGGAAGAGAGGGAUUAUAAUAAGCUCCCUUUUUUAAACUCAUUUAGCCAAAAUAAUAAUUUGAAGGAGUCGACACCGCUGCUGCUCAGAUCAUAUGCAUCAAGUGCGCUCAGUCCAUUUAGCCACGGCAUCAAGGAUCACAGAUCCAUUGCUGCUUAUGUGUUAUCCAUUUACGUGCAUGUGUCCUCAUUGAGCAUUUGAAGCAGCAAUAGUUGAAACCUGUUGAUACUAAAGAAGAAAGCUUUAAGGAGCAAAGAAUUCAGUGAAAGUAGUGAAGAACACAUAGUUGUUUUAGCUGCUUUGUCCUCACCCCGUGAAUUGACCGUUUGCUAAACCCCCAGGCACCCCUAGUUCCUGUUGCUAUACCUGUCAAGUUUUCACAAUAACUGCAGAUUUACCACUCGAAAUUGUCAUUUGUCAUUUUUGAAACGGUGGAUUCUUGAUUUCACACAGAGGCAGACAAACAGGCCUCUUAUAUCGAGCUGGCGACCUUCAAUUUUGUCGAAACUGUCGCUAGCAGAUUUUAGAAACCAAGUCUGGUUAAGCUAACGUUAGCUCCAUGAGUUGGUUGAAAAUGCUAUUUCUACUGCCUUUUUAAUGUUAUCAGCUGAUUAGUUUUAAAUUCAGCAUCCUCACUACUUCCAUGUUGAAGACAUGGAAAUAAAGAAACCACUGUUCUUGUAUUACUUUGAGGAGCUACUUAGCCAUGGUAUUUUAUGUAUGAUGAGACUUCUAGGAUGAGAACUAACGGAUGUAUUUAGCAAAUGUUAAGCUUUCUCAGGUAAUGCUGGUUGGGGUCACUGUAGUGUAAACUUUCCUAAAUCCACUACUGUAACUUUUUUGUCCUCCGGCCAAAUGGCUAGUGAAGGUUCAGACUCUACCCGCCACUCAAUAGAUUAUCAUUGUUUUUUUGGCUGGUGACUAAAGCAAAUCUACCAGCCACUUGCAACUGGUGCUAAUUUUGUGUCCUGCUUAAGGAAAGUCGCUGUUCGGUGGUGGGGUGUAGUAAGCGGUCAGUUGCAACAGCUUCAUUCACAAAACUUUAAAUAAAUUAUUAAAAUGUUGAUACUCCUGCUUAAAAGAAGGACCAAAUAUGUGUCACUCUGAGGGCUAGGUAGGCUGUGAUUUCUUACUCUGAGCUGCUUGAUGAAAUACGGACCCUGACCAGAUAUGUCACUGUAGACAAACACAGGGAUGAUGAAUGUACUGUGUGGUAGCUGCUGGCUGUCAGAUGAAAUAUCAUUUCUUUGUGUUGAUAUGUUUUUGUGAAAUUUCUUUUGAGCACAGGGAACCUAUUGAAUAUUAAUUAAAUAUGUGCAACUGUUGUUGUUGCACCACAUUUUUCUGUAAAUGUAAGCAUCACUUUGUUUUUCACACUGUACAUUUAGUGGAGGGACUAAAUGUGUGCAGCAGUUGCUGUUUUGCAUUAGGAGGUUUAUUCAAAACUGGACCCACUUUAAGAUUAUGUUGGGUUAUAACACAAAAAACUGCUUUUGAACUCGAGGUUUUUGUAACCAAACUGCAGACAUGUGAUUUCAGCUUUUCACAGUAGACAAUUUUCAACUUUUUUAAUGAUCUAAAGUAAUCAUUUCAUGUGCGUCAUGUAAGAAUGUUUACAGGAUAUGCCCUGGAGGAGGUUGUUGAAACUGCAGUACACAGGUUGGCUGAACCAGCUGUUUAACAGAGCUUAACUUAAGGACUCAUUGUAGAAAUGUUACCAACCCUGUAUGUCAGAAUGUCUUUUAUUCAUUCUGGAUGCCUCAAAACCCUAAAAAAAAAAAAAAAAAAAAAACUUCAGUUAAUGUGUCACCCCCUGUCUUAGAUGACUGGCUCAGUCUUUGUCUACUUGUUCACAAAAUAUUUAGUUUCCCAGCAAGUUUUUGUGGAAUCAUCUAAACCGAGGGUUUUUGGUGUUGCACAGAAUGUUAAUGACCACAUGAUGGUUUCCAAGGAACCAUUCAUUGCAUAAUUUACUUCAGGAAAAAGGUAUGUAGGCAUGUUUAGACAAUGAUUCUGGGAACUUGGUAGGGAUAUUUUCUAUUGGUUGAGCAGACGCAGUGAGAAAAUAUGUCUUUAAUCUGAAGUUAAAUGGCUUGGUCUGAAUUCACCGUAACUCAGUACAAGUUGCAUUGAUCAUUUCUUGUGCAAACAGUGAUUAUAUUAUGUGGUCUGGGCUCUGUUAUCUCUGUUGUCUAAAGUUGGUCCAGUUAGCCCUCAAAGUGACUUCCAGUUGUUCAUUUAAAAAUAAUUUCUUUGAUUGAUUGAGACUUACAAUGACUUGAAAGGCAAAUGUCUUUGCACUGAUUUCAGUUGUGAAUGUGCAAUCAGGAUAUUGUCAAAUUGACAGUGAAGGUUUUUCUGUGGGGAAAUCCAUUGCAUUAAGAUUUUUAAGAACUUACAUUGCAAGUCCACUGUGAUGUAAAGGAUGUUUGUUAUUAAUAAAAAUGUGUUUCAGACACAGUAAAACAUA